UUCCGACUAAAUUGGAAUGUCAAAAUAUGGCAGAUAUAAGUGUAUCAACAAAGAACGAUGAAUUGACUUGCGCCGUUUGUUUGAAGUUAUUCGAUUCACCAAUAAUCUUACCUUGUUCACAUAGUAUUUGUAAGAGUCACAUAAGUGAUCUUCAACUGAAAAAUAAUCGAUGCGUUGUAAAAUGUCCAAUAUGUCGUCAGGUAUCAGUAACGGCAUGUGUAGUGGAAAACAGGGAUCUAAAGAAAGCUUGCGAAAUACUCAAGAAAAGUAAAGUUCCAGAUGAUUCCAACAAAACUAGAUCUGAAGAUAUUUGCCCCAACCACACAAAACAAGAGAUGAGACUAUCGAUGUGGUGCAUAGAGUGUGAUAAAGGUGUCUGUGGAUUAUGUGUUAUUGGUACACAAGGUCAUGCAAAUCAUAAAAUUAUACCCUUCAAUGAGGUGGGACAUCAUGUUAAAAGUAGCCUGCAGUUCACAGCAUCAGAAGUUCAGCUUGUUCAGACACUAAAAUGUAUAACAUCAGAUAUUGGAGUAUGUGAUUUUCAAAUUGUUCAGUUAAAUGCAUCUGAAAAAGAAGCGGCUGAAUAUUUCCGAAAUGAAUUUGAUAACUGGAUGCAGCAAAUGCAAAAAGACUUCGGCUCAGCUAUAGAACGAAUUUCACAAAUCUAUAAAGGCAAAAUCAACUCUGUAAGAGUAGACAAAGAUCGUUUGCAGUGCAUCAAGUCUUACGGUGAAGAUCUGAAAGAAAAAGUAGAAAAAUUACUUUCUACAGACUCUUCUGACAAUAUUCACAAAUUUGCACACGUCUCUACAUCAGAUUUUGCUGAAAAAUUAAAAGGAUUCUCGUCGUCAGCAAAGCAAGCUCGUUCAACUGGCAUUUCAAAAAUAUUAUAUGACAUGAAACCCAAACAAGUAACGGUUGCGCAAAGGACCUUCAAGGAGAGACUUGCUGCAAUUUCAAAAGCAAAUACAAAAAUGUUUCUAUCUGAUUUGAAAAGAAUUUCGGUUAUGACUCAGGAAGCAACAUCAGAAUUGCAAAGUGAGAUUGAAAAAGAUUUAGAAAGUCUAACUCUGAUUGAGACCGGCGACUUUACAAAACGAAAAUCUGGCAACUCUAUUGCAUCAUCGUCAGCACCUCCAACAGAAGAGUUUAAAAAAUUGCUUACCUCUGAUUUCAAAACCACAAUCGAUGCGUCUGAAGGAAGCAGCAACAAAGGAGACUAUCCGAAAGCUGAAGAAAAUGGGUCGGAACAAAAUAAGAUAACGGUUCAUUGUCAAAUUGCGAAGACUAAAACAAAAGUAGUCAGAAGAAUUAGGAUGGGUAAGUAUGAAACAACUGAGAGACUGCACUCCAUGAUUUCGGAUAUGAUAAUAAAACAGAGCAAAUCAAAACCAGCAACUUCACAACAACAGAAUGAAAGACCUUCACUGAAAAUAAAACACAGAGGAAUGGUGAUACCGUCUGGGAACUGGGCAAUUUGUGCGUAUGGACUUGAAAACAAUUCCAUAAUAAAUGUCGGUUUGAAAAAGCUCCUCAAUGCCUCAAAGACAAAAAAGAUUUUCAAUAUUGCGAAGUGGAAGCGGAGGGAAAGCCAGACAAACAUUGAUGAAAGCGAGGAGGAAAGCGACUGAUUAAAAUACAUUAAACCACUGUUCUCGUUGUUUGUUUGUUCAAUAAAAUGGAAGUUUAUUGCCUCUA